GCACAGGCUGGGAAAACAACGCCUGCACGAAAACUGGCACCGAGGAAUUAAGGGUGACUCCUAUUAUUUUUUCUUUGGUUUUUUUUUUUUUUUUUUUUUUUUUUUUUGGGGAGGGUGGGGUGACAACCGUAUUGAGGAUGCCUCGUCCGGGGAGAAACACGUACAGCGACCAGAAGCCUCCGUACUCGUACAUCUCUCUCACGGCCAUGGCCAUCCAAAGCUGCCCGGAGAAGAUGCUCCCCCUCAGCGAAAUCUACAAGUUCAUCAUGGAUCGUUUCCCUUACUACAGAGAAAACACGCAGCGGUGGCAGAACUCGCUGAGGCACAACCUGUCCUUCAACGACUGCUUCAUCAAGAUCCCGCGGCGCCCCGACCAGCCGGGCAAAGGCAGCUUUUGGGCGCUGCACCCCAGUUGCGGGGACAUGUUCGAGAACGGCAGCUUCCUGAGACGCCGUAAGCGCUUCAAGGUGCUGGGCGCGUCUGACCACCUGGCCCCCAGCAAGCAGUCUGACGCCGCCCACUACCUCCAGCAGCAGGCCAAGCUGAGGCUCAGUGCCCUGCAGGCGGCCACCGGUACGCAUUUGCCCCAAAUGUCCACCUACAACCUGGGGGUGUCCCAGACCUCCACCUUUAAGCACCCGUUCGCCAUCGAGAACAUCAUCGCCAGAGAGUACAAGGUCCCCGGGAGCUUGGCCUUCUCCACCAUGCAGUCCAUGUCUGCCGGCUACCCGCUGCACAAUCAGCUGACCACGGCCUGGCCGCACAUGUACAACGGCGGCGUAAUGGACACGGGGGCGCCCCUCUCCAUGGCGCCCAGCGACUACAGCGCUUACGGCGUGCCCAUCAAGUCCCUGUGUCACGGGGCUCAGACUCUGCCGGCGAUCCCGGUGCCCAUCAAACCCACGCCGACCUCCAUGGGCGGCUUCUCGACGCUCCCACACCACCUGCCCGCCUUCCUUUCCAACUCGCCCCAAUCUCUGAGCCCGACCUCCCCGCAGACUGCCACCAGCCAAAGCAGCCCCGCCACCCCCAGCGAAACGCUGACGAGCCCGGGCGCUCUGCAGUCAGUGGCCGUGCACUGACCAAAUGGAAGCCUUCACCUCCCCACCCCCAACCCCCUACCCCCCAGCCCCCGCCAGACGAAACCGACCGCUGGGAUCUCGAACCCAAAGUUGAUAUAUUUCUGUGUCGUACGCCGGACUUUAUUCAAGGCGAGUGGCGUACUGAUUCACUUGUGUAUGUUGAAUGUGUCGCUUUAAAUUGUCUCAUGAAAAGUCCAGCACAGAAACUCACAGUAUUGCUCUUCAAGAUAAUAUAAAUUAUUUGAAUUUGAAGGUGGAAGGGGCGACUUUUGUUCAAGCCCCCUGUCCGGAGGUUUCAGUUUUAUACUCGCAAAACUUUUGCACACUUUCCUGUGUGGCCGCUGGAAAGUCGAUGACACUCGCUUUCCUCCGAUUGACAAGGGUGUACCAAAAUCGGCUAGAUUUUCCUGUUAAAAAAAAACAAAAACAAAACCACUUCACAGAGAGGGAAAAAAAAAUCAUUUCAAUAUUGAAAAGUCUAAAUGUGCUCAAGAAUGCAAGAUGUGAAUAUUGCAAGUAAAUGAAACGGAUAUGUUGUAAAAUGCACUUUUUAGUUAUACGUUUUAGAUAUAUAUUUUCCAGGGGAAAAAUGUGUUCUGUGAAGCAUUUAAUUUAAAAAAAAAAAAGUCCGUGGUGACCACGUGGAUUCGUUGCUGUAAAUUUGUACGUUUUUUUUUUUAAAAAGGUGAAGCAUGCAUUUUAAACAAACGAAAAAUGUGUUAAUGUUCCUGUCACUACUUUUAUUUUUCGUUUCUUUGUUUUGAUAGCAUGCGUUCUUUCGAAA